AGUACCUCACCUCCCCCGAGCAGGUACCGCUGUAGCAGAACCGGAUCCUGAAAGGGGCCGGCCUACCCGUAGUGGGUUCUAUUGGGGGCAACAAAAAGAAAGGAGAUAAAGAGUGGGGCCGGAGCAGUGUGUGCGUGCCUUAUCCACAUUACAAAGCCACACAUUCAAAGUCAAAAACUCACUGUCUCAGAAACCUACAGAGCAUUACGCAAACAAAAAUGGUGAGACUGGUGCCCAAUAAUCUUCUUGCACAACCCAAACACCUCCCUUCUUUGCCCUCCAUCUAUUCAUCAUCAUCUUCUUCUCGCUCUGACUUCUUCAAUGGCGCCCAGUUACCUGCAACUGCCCAGUAUAAGAAGAAGGUGGCAGUAUGUGAACCAAAUGGGGGACUGCAGAUUUCUGCAAGUGCCAAAAAGGUCCUUAUAAUGGGGGGCACCAGAUUCAUAGGUGUCUUUUUGUCAAGGCUUCUUGUCAAAGAAGGGCACCAGGUCACUCUUUUCACUAGAGGAAAAGCCCCAAUUGCACGCCAAUUUCCGGGAGAAUCAGAUGGUGACUUUGCUGAUUUCUGUUCCAAGAUAUUACACUUGAAGGGAGAUAGAACGGAUUAUGAUUUUGUUAGGAGAAGUAUAUCUGCUGAAGAUUUCGAUGUUGUGUACGACAUAAAUGGGCGUGAAGCAGUUGAAGUAGAACCCAUAUUGGAUGCAUUGCCUAAUCUUGAACAGUAAGCUCGAAGCUUGGGGGGUGUGGGGGACGAGGAGGAAAUGUGGAGGCGGGAGAAACGAGGGAGGGAAAAUGGGAGGAAGAGUUUGCUGUUUUCUCUCCUUUUCCUUACAUCCUCCUUUUCUUUUCCUUUCUAAUCAAACACCCAAAUGGUUUUCCCUUACUAUUUUCUCUUCUGAAUCCAUGAACCAAACAUUUUCUUACACUAUGUUUGGUUAAAGGAAAUUGGAAGGAAAAACAUAAUUCUCUUAUUUUUCUCACCAAAAUGAGAGGAAUUUAGUUUUCCCUCCUCGUAGUAUAUUUUGCCUUCUCAUCAUUUUAUUCCCCUUCCAGUUUCUCUUUCUUUUCCUUUCUAACCAAACAAGAAAAACUCUUUUCCUUUACUAUUUUUGCUUCUUUUCCCUUCUGAAUCCAUGAAUCAAACAUAGUGUUAGGAUUGGAGGGAAGUAUUCCUUUUGAGUUUUACUUUUCUCGUGCUGAAUCCUUAGGUACAUAUACUGCUCCUCUGCUGGUGUUUAUCUCAAAACUGAUUAUUUGCCCCACCACGAAGUUAGUAUGUACAUUCACUUCAUCUAUAUUUUUGUUCUUCAGCUUUGAUUUAC